AUGGUAUUCGAACCGUGGCGUGCCUUGCCUGGCAAAGGCGUUCUACUGCUCCUCAAUGUCUUCAGCGCUGUUGCGCUCAUCUACGAAGGCUACAACCAAGGUGUCUACGGCGCAGUAUCAGGAACGCCCGGUUUCAUUGCCAUGUCCAACAUCGGCUACGACAGCACAGUCACAGACUCCACUAAGCAGGGCGGUCUCGCAGCAGCAUAUUACUUUGGAGCCAUGUUUGGUGCUUUCAUCGGCGGCUGGUUCGGCGACAAGUAUGGGCGAAAAAAGGGAGCCUUUCUUGGUGCCUUGUCGUCUCUCGUUGGAUCUGCUCUGCAAUGUGGUUCGGUCAAUUCCAACAUGUUCAUCUGUGCCCGCGUCAUCUCCGGUAUUGGGAUCGGCUUCGUCAAUGUCCUUAUUCCAUCGUGGGUCUCAGAGCUAUCUGAAGCCCAUGACCGUGGCUCGACGUUCUCUCUUGUCUUUGUUUCCAACUUCUUGGGCAUCUUCCUUGCCAAUUGGAUCAACUUCGGAAUCCGGAACAGCAACAUCAGCUUCCGCUGGCGCUUCCCGCUCGGCUUCAUGUGCAUUCCGAUGCUCAUUGUCUUGAUCGCGAUCUUCUUUGUCCCUGAAUCCCCACGCUGGCUCAUGGCCAAUCACCGAAGAGCGGAUGCCGUUGAUAUCUUGUGCAAGAUCAGAGGCGACAAAGACGCCAGCGACCCCGCUGUCCGCAAGGAACUUGAACAGCUCGAGGCUAUUGUAGAAGCAUCCCACCACAAGCGCAACAAUUAUGUCAACAUCACACUAGGUGGUCGAUACUCAGGCAGUCUCCACCUUGGUCGACGUGCCGUGCUGGGUUUCGCACUUCAGCAAAUUCAGCAGUGGACUGGCAUUUUGGUUAUGGUAUCAUGGGCAGCCAAGCUCUUCGAACUUGCCGGCUUUAGCCCGUACAAGGCAUCCUGGAUGUCUGGUCUACUGAACACCUUCGGUGUCAUCGGCACGGCCGCAGCUUCACUGGUCAUCGAUCGACUCGGGCGCAGGAUGUCACUUCAGAUUUCGUUCGUGAUCCAGGGCAUAUCGUUGUUCCUGGUAGCCGCACUCAUCAAAACAUCACAGGACCGCAUCACAUCCGAUCCUGGCCAGUCACAAACUCUCGGUACCGCCGCUUCUGCGUUCACCUUCACCUUUGUCUUCUUCUUUUGCAUGUUUAACAUCGUACCCUGCUGGAUUUACGGAACCGAGAUCUGGCCUCAGGAGGUACGCGCCAAGGGAUAUUCAUACACGAUCCUAGGAUGGGCUAUCGGCUGUGGUACGACGACGUUUGUCAUUCCAAUCAUGCUUGCUAAUAUUGGUUGGUGGUCGUUCAUCUUCUUUGGCUGCAUGAACUUUGUGGUGAUGCCAAUCAUCCACUUCUUCUUCCCAGAAACUGCUCGAAGAAGUCUCGAAGAGGUUGAUCUUCUCUUCGCGGACGACAGCCUUUUGGUCAGCAAGAACAUGGCCGAGCAUGACCGGCGUGUGGCCGAAGCUGGCGGCAAUGUGGCUGUGGCCGCUAGAAGAUUGCUUGAUGAGGUCAACGGGGAGACUCAUCUUGAUCCGAGGAGAGUUUCAAUUGGCGGUGGAGAUGUUGAAGCCAAAGUAGCCUCUGAUGUGGAACACUCGGAGGUUUCAUCGAAAGAUGAAAAGCCUGUUUAUGUGAGAGAAUGA